UCUUGCACUCACGCUGACCCAAAGGCCAGACUACCCAUCCGUUCUCUGUGAACUCCUUACAUCAGCUGCAGAGCGUAAAAUAUUGAUACAAACGCGAGAAGAUCCAGCGCUCGAAAAUGCGUGCAUAUUGGUACGAUAAUCUGCCCGGCGAUCAGCGAGAGCCUCACGACUCUGGUCGAGAGGUGUCUUCCGAAAAGCUUUCGGAGCUGGGGAUUUUGCAUUUCAACUUCCCAGAUGUUGACGAUGUGAAUAAGCUUGCCCGAUCGAGAGAGUACAAGAACCGAGACGAGAUUACAAUAUCGCCCACGACUUUACCUGGCUACGAGGACAAAGUAAAGAUGUUCUUUAAUGAGCAUUUGCACGAGGACGAGGAAAUACGCUACAUUCUCGACGGCUCUGGAUUCUUUGAUGUGCGUGCCAAGGACGAUGAGUGGAUUAGGAUCAAGCUGGAGCAGUUUGAUUUGAUGAUUAUGCCAGCUGGCAUUUAUCACAGAUUUACGACAGACACGAAGAACUAUACAAAGGCAAUGAGAUUGUUCAAAGAUGAUCCAAAGUGGACGCCGCUCAAUCGGGGCGCGGAGACAGAUCAAAACGAAUAUAGAAAGGCUUACCUGAAGGCGAGAGACGGGAUGAUAGUACAUUGAGGCUAUAGUUUAUCCAUUUAUUUGUCGUUUUGAUCCAAAUGAAUCGAAUACCCACGACAAAAACACUUCUCAAUAAUGAUAUGAGCGUAUAUGAAAACAUUUAAAACAGCGUGUGCUUUUAAAGUUGACGCUGUGGUGUUGAUAGCGUACAAGACAUUAGCGUUUCUGACGUGAAGAGAUCAUAAGCAUUUUAACUGGCUGCGAAAAAAGCUAUUAAAUAUCGCUGGCUAAUUCAAGAAUAUCAAAGAUUUG